GGGAGGGAAAACGAGAGAGAGAGGGAGAGAGAGGCUGCAAGGCGACUCGGUUGCCAGUGUUUGCCUCUGCCUCCCCAGCAGUGGGAGAGAUGUGCGUAACAUGCAGCGGAGAGCGGUGAUUAUCAUCUGCGCGCCGCAUCGCCGUGGACCGCCGUGCGCACUCGAAGACGGAGACGCACCGAGGGGCGCAGCCCGCUCUCCCCAACCUGCCGUUCGCUAAACGCCCGCAGAGAGCCGACGGGAGACUGCUACUACUUGAAGGAAAGAGAAGUGGUGUGAGGGAACAUGUCAGCCCUUCAGACGCUGAUUGGGGGUUAAUCGCUCUCCUGUUUUGGAGCCACUCUGACGCACCGAGAGCGCGUAUUUGUCUUUCUAUACGGAAUCUCACAUCCAAACUGGACUAUCAAGUGAGGAUUUUGCAUUAAGGGAAGGGAUUUCUGAAUUCCAUGGCCAACAGAAUAUGAGUCAGCGCGUGUCUGUGAGCUGAGGUGGAGUGUGUCUCUUUCCGCUGCUCGGCUGUGUCGCUCCGCCACAAACCUUCCUACGCCAGGAUGCAGCUGCUCCGAGUUGCGUGGGCACUGACCGGAGCAGCGAUCUGCUGCUUUCUCCUUCUCCUUCUCCACUCCCGCCUGCUCAAAGAAGGCCAGCUGGCAGCGGGGACGUGUGAGAUUGUGACGCUGGACCGGGACAGCAGCCAACCACGGCGGACCAUCGCCAGGCAGACGGCCCGCUGCGCCUGUAAGAAGGGCCAGAUCGCCGGGACUACAAGAGCCAGACCCGCCUGUGUGGACGCUGGUAUUGUUCGGAAAAAGCAGUGGUGUGAGAUGGUGCCAUGUUUGGAGGACGAAGGCUGUGACCUGUUAGUCAAUAAAUCUGGCUGGACUUGUACACAGCCCGGAGGCCGAGUCAAAACCACCACGGCUCUAUGACGCGACAAGAGUCCCCUUCGACACUCCUGCACUAUGGAGAGCAUUGAUGACCCCUUGACAGACAGCCAAAAACCAUCUGCCAACACCACCUUACCACCAUUACCACCAACAUCAACAACAUCACAACAACUCCACCCAAACCCUGGUCCCGCAAAGACAGGAAGCAACACAAGCAGCUACAGAGCGCCAAGAGCCCCCUGGAGGAAACAAGGUCUCAUAACACAGCCAGAUUUGGGCAAACCCGGCAGUGACUGUUUGAGGGAGCGCGCUCGCCCCCGGACUCUGGACAAACGACUCGCUGUAAACCACUUCCCCCCACCCCCGGGCUCGUCACUGCUCUCUCCUGCUCUCUGUCGUUGGGUCAAAGCGUCAACCUCCUCUCCACUCUACCUGCCUGCUCUGUGAAAUAAGCAGCGCCUGCUCGUGCCACGGAGCAUCGGACACCUUCAAAGAUCCCACGAAUGGUUUUUUUGCCUCAUUGGAAGGAAUGUGUUUGGAAGUGCUUGAACAAGGGAUUUCUCACAUAUCUCUCCAUAGCCUCUAGAGCAGGAGUUCCAGAGCGAAGACAUACCGGACCCUGUUGCUUCUCGGACCACCUCGCGAGGCCGUUACAAAAAAAACUGAGCGCUCUCUGCUGUGAAUAGGCCUUCUGCUGGAGUAAACCUCCCAUAUUUUUAUAGACCAAAGAACAAAAGAACAAUUGUGAUCAUUAUGACAAAUACACAUGGAGACUUUGUGAACUUGCUGUUUGUGUCGCCAUGGCGUCCGGUGGCACAAUCACGGGAGUACUUUUAAAACUUUCCAGACGUUUUUUUUCUCAGACUAAGCCCACCACUGUAUUUUGGAACUGGAGAUAUAGGUACUACAUACGUAUAACUGUGUAUAAAAAAAAAAAAAAAAAUCUGAUUUGCAUUUUUCAGUAGCUACGGUUGGGACACUUUGCAGGAAGCGACGUCGAGUUGGAUCAGGAGCGCAAAUCAUAUCAAAGAGUUGAUGACAUCUACAGAGAGUAUAAAUGCUAUGGAGUCUGAAAAGAAGGAGUGAAGAAAUGUCAUUAAAUGUAUUUUGAAAGGCUCUAAAAAGUUAUAUAUUUAA